GCCAGUACGCAGUUGCUCAUCUUGGAGGGAUAGCCAAUGUUCCACUCAGAUUAGGUUGUCUGUUAACGAGGAAGAAAACCACACCAGUAUUCACGACUGACCUACCACUGCUACGAAGCAGUCAACGUGAUAUCGUCAUGGCGUUCCUACUGAAACGGCUGUCGAACAAGCAGAUACUGGUGCACAUCUUGGCGACGUUGUUUGGAAUUGGUACAUGGCUGCCGGUAAAUGGAAUGUACGUCCAGUUGCCACUGCUCGUCCAGACGCAGCCAGAAGGAUGGAACCUCCCCUCGUACAUUUCUAUCAUCGUACAAAUUGCAAACAUUGGGCCCAUCCUGUACGGACUGUCGCAGAAACUUCUCCCAGGAAAGUUGAGAGAUAGCUUCAUUAUUUACUGUAUACUAACAACGGGUACUAUUGCACUCUUGCUGAUGGCACUGCUGUACAGGGAGACGACGUACUUUGGCACUGAGGAACACAGCACACCCUUCUUGGUAUUGAUGUUUUUUUGUGCUCUUGUUGGCUGCACCAGUCUCGUGCUCUUCAUGCCAUUCAUGAGGAACUACAAAGAAAUAUAUCUGAUAUCUUACUUCGUCGGAGAGGGCCUCAGUGGCUUUUUGCCAAGUGUACUCGCCCUUAUACAAGGUGUUGGAGGCAACCCAACGUGUGUGAACCAAACUGUCGUAAAUGCUACUAAUCCUGACGACUCCUAUACCGUACUCGUGUCGCAAGUACCGUCACCUAACUUUUCAACCACUGUCUUCGUCCUAAUCAUGUUCGCAAUCCUCGCCAUCAGCACCGUCUCUUUCGCACUUUUAAACAACCUGAAAAGCUGUAAGGCUGAGAGAGUUAAAUCACAAAUGGUGCCAUGUAAAGUUUCCACCAGGGAUGACAACGCUUCGGAAGCAUCGAGCGACCAGACAGAGGGGCACGGUUUGCCGCUUUCCCGCUGCACCUACGGCUAUUUGAUGGUGCUAGUGUCCAUAGUGGCUGCGUUCGGACACGGAGUGUUUCCCAGCAUCCAGUCGUACUCCUGCCUACCGUACGGCAAUGUCGCCUAUCAUCUGGCGGUAACUCUGUCCGCCAUGGCGAACCCACUGGCGUGCUUCGUACAGUUCUUCCUGCCGAGGACCUCAGUGAGAGCGAUAUCUGGUAUCGCAGCGGUGAGCGCCGUUUUCGCCGCCUACGUCGUCGUCACAGCACUCACGAGUCCGGCACCACCUCUGGUUGGCUACACGAUUGGCAAAUUCCUCGUGGUCAUAUCGUGGAUAAUCUUCACUGGGGGAAUUUCGUACAUCAAGAUGGCGAUAGCGUCCAUUUUCCGGUCAGAAGGAGGCCGCAGUCUGUUCUGGUGCGGCGCCGUGCAGCAACUCGGCUCUGCCAUAUCUUCUGUGGUCACUUUCAGCGUUGUGAACUACGCUGACAUCUUCCACUCAUACACCCCAUGCUGAACUGUUGUAUGGGCAGUGUGUUGCCCAGUGAAUAAACGUGUCACAGCGCUGUGAAACUGCAAAUAAUGGUAAAACUAGAAAUAAAUCUCCGUACUAUGUGUAUCCUGACGUUUAAAAUAAAUAAUAUGCAGUGUGCUGUAAAAGACUCAAUAUUACUGCAUAAAAUUCACUGGGGAAAGAAAAGGAAGAAGAAGUAGAGUACAGUGUGACUUAAAAUGUUGUGGACAUGCCCAGCGUCCUAAACGCUGUUAGCUCCACAUAUUAGAAUGUCUGCAGCUUAUCUGUCUCACUAUUACUGACCAAUUUUGUUUUGUUUUUACAACAUACCACAAUCACAUACAGCUAAUAAAGGGUAUUUAACGUAAUGUAUAUUUUAAUACGAUUGGAUGCUGAUCAUUUACAGAUGAGAUUGUAUGAUGGUAAAAACAUUUAAUAUAGAAACAGAAGUAAUUACGUAUUUAUUUUAAAUUGCAUAAAGCACAAUCUGUGAAAUGAAAAUGAAAUAAGAGAAGGAGUAAAGAAGAAAUAUUUUUACUUGCAAUUAAAUGUAGUUUUACUAACUAUUAAAGAUUAUAUAUCAGGGGUAAGUUGUUGAAGUUUAUACAUCCAUUGUUAUUCACUUCCUCCUGAAUUAGUCAGUUCUGAUGACUAGUACUGACAGUCGUUUUGUUACCAGUUACUCAAGGUAUGGACAUCAUACACACAGUAAAGCUUUAUUUACUACAAAAUUCAUGAAAGAUAUAGUGAGCAAUAAAAAUGUUUAUCUCCUUAAACUUUUGUGUACAAUUUGAUUCUGUGUGAAAAACGAAAACUUUCUUUCUUAAAUAUGAAGGAAUUUAAUUUAAAUGGCAUUAAUGAAUGAAAAUAUGCAAAAUAUAUUACCAUACUGAUUACUUUCUCUCUGGGAUUUGCAGUGACUUUAUCUCAGUUCUUUUAUUUGCCUUAUAAUGUUUUUAUCAGUUUCAUUCUAAAUGAUAAGUAUUCCCAAAAAAUUUUGAAGACUUCUUGCCAGUGUGCUGAACUUGUAAUUGCUUUUCUACUUCAUUCAGUAUUAAUUAGAGUUUUUAAAAAAUUAGCAUAGAGACAAACUGCAGACAACCAAGGAAUAAUUUUCUUAAAGGUAUUAUGUCCAAUUUCUUCUAUUGCUGCACGUCAAAUACCAUUGCUUGUAAAACUUGUCUAACGUACCAAACAAUUUUUUUCUUUUUAUACAUCAAACAAUUAAAUGGAAAGUUAGCUCUAUAAAUGUGGAAUGUAACAGGAAAAUUGUGGCAAUCUGUUCGCGAUUUCCCACAGGCAUCAAGUCUCUCUGUCUUCAUUUUUUGUAGUAUGCAAUGCAAAUGUCCACAUUUUUUUUCAUAACAUACAGCAUGAGCCACAUCUUGUUUCCUACAGUCCGAGUUGUUGAGAUGUAUACAGCUGUAUUCCUUGGCCAGAUUACGAAAAACAACGGAUUGUACAUUUUCUCUCUUAUUGCUUACUGAAAAUUAAUGGUGAAUGUGUAGAUAGAGUUGUCUGUUGAACGACCAUAGCAGAACACAAAUUAUUGUGGACUGUUUAUAUUAUCAUAGAUGAGGUAGGAUACUGUUCUGAAAUACAUAAGAGUCUUUAAAAAGAAAAAGAAGAAUAUUAUUAUGUAAGUAAUCAAACGUGUUAGUAAUUAAUUAAAUCUGUCCAAAGGUUUGAACU